UUAUCAGCUACCAAUAUAGCAAUAUUAAAUGGCAAAACCUGCGAUGAAAAGUAUGGGUUUUCCGAUGGUACUUCUCAGGCUAGUAAAAUGGCUGUUGUACAGACUCCUAGCGAACUCAUGUUACAGAGCUGCUGUGAAGCUCAAGAACUCAACCACUUCUUUCUUCCACAAAAACCCAUCUUUUAAAUCUCCCAACAACCACAAUUCUCUGUACCCAAAUCUCACCAAACAUAGGUCUUUUCCCGCCCACCAUGAUAAUUCCCAGAAGACCUUUGUCUGCGAUAUCCAGGGAGCUCUGCUGAGAACCCAAUCUUUCUUCCCAUUCUUCAUGCUCGUGGCCUUCGAAGGCGGGAGCAUAUUCAGAGCCUUCUUCCUGCUCCUUUCGUCCCCGUUUCUUUGGUUCCUGGAUUUCGAGCUCAAGCUCAGACUCAUGAUCUUCAUAACCUUCUGUGGGCUGAGGUUGAAGGACAUGGAAACUGUUGGAAGGGCUGUCUUGCCUAAGUUUUACCUCGAAAACCUUAACUUUCACGUCUAUCAAGUGAUGGCUUCGUGUGGUACUAAGAUGGUGUUCACGAGCGUGCCCAGAGUGAUGGUUGAAGGGUUCUUGAAAGAGUAUUUGAGCGUUGAUGAUGUGAAGGGGACAGAGCUUCAUGUUGUUGGGAAUUUCUUUACUGGUCUGGUUUCUGGUUCUGGGCUGCUUGUGAAGCAUAGGGCUUUGAAACAAGUGUUUGGGGAGAAGAGACCUCAUAUUGGGAUUGGUACUUCAACAUUUCAUGACCAUCUUUUCAUCUCCCCUUGCCAGGAAGCUUACGUGGUGAGCAGAGAAGAGGACAGCAAGGCAGGCUCAGUAAUGCCAAGAGAAAAGUAUCCAAAGCCUCUUGUAUUCCAUGAUGGAAGGCUAGCAUUCUUGCCCACACCCCUAGCAACCUUGGCCAUGUUCAUCUGGAUUCCAUUCGGUAUACCCUUAGCAAUCUUCAGGAUAUUCAUUGGGUUCUUACCCUACAAGGCAGCAACCUUCCUGGGCAGCUCAACUGGUUUAAACGUGAGAGUAAUUGGGACAGACCCUCCAAGAUCACAAAAUGGGAAAGGGGUUCUCUAUGUGUGCACUCAUAGGACCCUCCUAGACCCAGUUUUCCUAAGCAUAAUCUUAAACAAGCCCUUAACAGCAGUGACAUAUAGCCUGAGCAGAAUGUCUGAGAUAAUUGCACCAAUCAAGACUGUGAGGCUAACCAGAGAUAGAGCCCAGGAUGGGGAGAAAAUGCAGGAAAUGUUAAGUCUUGGGGACUUGGUGGUUUGCCCUGAAGGGACAACAUGCAGGGAGCCUUAUCUGUUAAGGUUUAGCUCACUGUUUGCUGAGCUGGCGGACGAGAUUGUCCCGGUGGCUAUUGACACCAGUGUUGGCAUGUUUUACGGGACCACUGCUAGCGGGCUCAAGUGCCUGGACCCGUUCUUUUUUAUGAUGAACCCCGUGCCAACUUAUCGGAUAAAGAUCCUCGAGAAGGUGCCCCGAGAGCUGACGUGUGCCGGUGGGAAGUCUAGCUUUGAGGUGGCUAAUUACAUACAGAGACAACUGGGUGAGGCCUUGGGGUUUGAGUGCACCACUCUCACCAGAAGAGACAAGUAUUUGAUGCUGGCUGGGAAUGAAGGGAUUGUUCAAAAUAAAAAGAAAGAUUGAUGAUUUCUAACUCUAAAUAUGAAAUUCUUAUUAUUAUUCUUCUUCUUUUACCAUGUUAUUAAAAAAUAAGAUGUUUUGUAAUCUAUUGAUAAUUGUCACCUAAGUGACUAAGCUACUACUGUAUAUUUCAUUUUUUUGUAAUGUUAAUUCUAUAGUAGCAAGGUUUUACUGUAAAGAGAUGUAGUUUUAUUUUUCUUUACUA